AUGAGCACAUUUACAUCCUUUAAUGCUAUUAUGAUACCGGAAAAUGUAGACAAAAUUACCAUCAGAAAAGUUUGUUUAGUGUUGGUCUCUGGAUGGAUAAAUGGUUUGGUGCUUGAAUAUUGUCAAGGUUUCAUCUGCACUGGAAAAGUUGUUCGUAAGACUUUUCAUGGUCAAAGUUUUACAUAA